AUGAAGCUGUGGAUUGGAUUAUUUCUGCUUGGACUGGCCAUCGAAGGUCAAGCCCAGCUCACCUGUUUCGUGUGCAACGAUUGUCCGGAUCCAUUCGAUACUUCAGCAGCGCAGGUAGCAUGUCCAACAACAGACACAACCACCACCACCAGUUUUCCCCCCACAGUGAUUACGCCCCCAGGUGAGCAAACUACUCUUGCACCCGGGGUCACUACCACCACAGUUGCCGCCCCACCAACUGACGGUCCUAUCCUUACCCCGCCACCAAUCGGACGAAGGAAACGACAGACACAAACUCACCAAUGUUUUGUUCGCGAGCUUCCUAAUCUAUCCAUUCAGCGCGGUUGUACCGUCUUCGACACGGAUGAGACCACCACCUGUCGUAAUUUGAAUAGUGGAAUCAAUCCCGUUGGUUAUUGUCGUGUUUGCAAUUGGGCUGGUUGCAACAGUGCGAGCGGAGUUACCCUAUCAAUCGUCACCCUACUGACAGCACUGCUUAUCGCGUUGAAGUUGUUGUAA